GCAAUACGGUUUCAAGUUUUAGAUACGAACAAUUUUAUUAUUUCAUAAUUAAGAAACAACUAAAAUUGCAAACAUUUAAUUGCAUAAAAAAAAUUCAUACAAAAUGUGGCAAAUUCAAAAUAUAAUAAUUAUGUUAAGCUUCAAUAUGUUGCUGAUUUAUGCUGGUGAUUCAGCGGAAUUAUCAGCUCCAAAUAAUGUAUCAACCUUCGUGGACAUUCCUACCUGCAAUGAUAAGGAUGCCAAUAUUAAUGAUUGUCUGCUCAAGGUUUUUGCCGAAAUGAUACCACGUUCCAAAGAUGGCAUACCCGAAAUCAAUGUACCGCCCAUGGAUCCCUUUGUCAUUAACAAAACCAGCUACAUUUUCUCACAUCCCAUUGUGCAGGGCAAAGUGUCGGUACGCAAUCUAAAGCUACAUGGCUUAAGCAAAGUGAUCACCAAGAGUUUGGACUAUAAACGUGAGGGAGAUCAGGUGACCUUAAAGGUUAAAUCUCAUAUACCAGAAAUGUUUGUGGAGGGCAUGUAUAGGGCCAAAAUAAAAGUGAAUGCAGCCAAUAUAUCGUCAAAGGGACCGUUUAAUGUGACAAUGACCAACAUCGACGUUGACUUUCACACCACCUCCGAAUUGUAUGAUCGUGAUGGCCAUCGUUAUAUGCGUGUUAAAACGUUUAAUUUUGAUCCCACCCUGGGCAAUAUGAAGUUUUAUGCUGAGGGCUUAUUACCCGAACCUUUACUAAAUGAUGCCAUUAUUGAGUUUCUUAAUCAAAAUUGGCGCACCAUUUACAAGUCUUUGAUACCCGAAACUCGGGCGGCCUGGGAGCCGGAAUUCGUUAAACUGGCUAAUGAGUAUUUCUCUCAUCUUAUAGUGGAUGCUGUUUUAAAGGAGGAUUAAUGUAAAUUUUGCUAUAUAUACGAAAAUAGAGGCAAAAUUGUGUUGUAAAUAAAAGUUAAAAUUAAGUUUUAUGAUAGUUCUAGGUAAACAGUUGAAGUUUUUUGGAAAAAUAA